GGUCUUAAAAGGAGUUGAAACUAACUUCUGAGAAGUCAGAAGUUUUGAGUCUUUCUCUAGCCUUAGCAGUGAUACUGCUUUCUGACAAGCCAAGGUACUCCUGAAGCAAUGUCUGGAAUUCAAGGAUGGAGGGAUGGCAGCAGGUACAGGAUGGCUGCUACCUCUGGUACCCCAGGAUCCUCUCAGGAUUACCUCUGGGAUAGCAACAACAAAAGAGAGGAGGCUGAAAACCCCCAGAAGCCAACAACAUCUAAAGAGGAGCAAGGUGGCCAAGCAUCAGGCUACCAACAACAGCAAGAGCAGUAUGUCGGCCCUUAUGUCUUGAUAACUCCAAACAAAACCAGAAGAAACCAGCUGCAGCAAAUUGCUAAGAAAGAGCUGUAUGACCUGCAGCGGUGGAAGGAAGAGCACAGGCAAAGGCCUAUUAACUUGGCUCCACAGAGACUGGGUGGAAAGCAAUCAGAAGCUCAAGUAAGGCAAAACCAGCAAAUGACGCUCAUGCAAUCCAAAUACCAGCAAAAGCACAAGAGAAAAGAAUAUAUAAAAGCAAAAAAGGAAGCCGAAGAAACUGAAAUCCUGAAAAAGAAAGCACUGCAGAGAGAAAAGGCAGAGAGACUUGAAAUUAAGAAAAGGCAGCAAGAAAUGCAAAGAAGAGAGAUGUUCUCUGAAGAUCAAUAUUACAAAACCAAUGAAUUAUUGAACAGAUUGGACGUGGGUUUGCCAAAGAGUGAUUCCUGUCAGACUGCUAAUCAUGGCGCAAAAUCUACAGCAUGGGUGAGAAGCCAUAUGUAUAAGCAAGCUCUUAGAGAGGAUGAAAUCAGAAAAUUAGAUGAAAUGAAGCAAGAACAACGGAAGAAGGCUGAAUUAAUGGAAUUUAAACAAAAGCAGGAAGAGGAAGACAGGAUGAGAGCACGUCAAGAUGAACAAAGGAGGGUAAAUAAUGCUUUCCUGGAUCGACUCCAGAACAAAACACAACCUACUAACAUCCACCAGCCUGAACAUUCUGGGAGCCUGGACUAAUGCAGUAACAGUGGAUGGGAGCCCAAACUACUUGGAAUAAAGGAGGAGAAAAGAGACAACAUUUUAAUGAUUUCCAAAAGUCAGAUGCAUGACCAAGAUAUUUCUAAUGGAAAUGAAGGAUCCACACAACAUGUUACAACCACGCAGAUGAGAUUAGUUGCAGCAUUUACAAGUAUAUCUUAGGCAAAGUUAAAGGUUUCCUGAGCAGAUUUUUUCAGUGUGAAGGCAUGACACAAUAUUUUUCCAUAACAUUUGCAAUAUGGAAACUUUAUGAUUGAUCACAGGAAAAUUUCUUUUGAACCAUGAUUGUUGCUAUGUUUCCUUUUGCCUCUGGGACUUUCUGCAGUUGCCCUGAGCUCUUUUUCCCUCAAAGAACUGCUCAAAUAAUUUAUUCUACUAGCUAACUGAUGUUAAUAGGAAAUACUGGAUAUCUUUGUAAUGCUCUGUGGUUUACCCAUUUUUAGAGUAUCUGACACUAGGAAAAAUCUAUGGGAAGACAUUUACGUACCUACGCAAUGGCACUGUAUUGCAGGUGGUACUUGGCUGUGCUAGCAGAUUGCUGCUUUGAAAAUGAAAUUCACAUCUCCCUCCAAGGACUCCCUCACCCAGCCUCCUUCAGCAGUUAUCAGGGCUGGGCUAAACAUCUGCAGAGUGGGAUAUAUGUACAUGCACGCACAUAUAUUUUAAAGGAAAUUUCUUUGCUUUAAUCAGAUCCUUGUGUUGUAUUCUAAUGAGACUAAGACUUGCAGGUGGCCUUUUUGAAGUAGAGAACCUGCAGCUUGUCCGCACUUGAUGUACGAUAACCCUAGACCCUGCUGACAAAGGCUGAGCGGGGGGGGAAGUCACAAUGGUCACCGACAAGUUAAAAUUGAGUGUGAUCAUGUUGCUGUUUCUAUAUAAAAAACAAAAUAAAACAAACAAAC